AAUGAUGGUUAUAAAUCCUUUAUUGAUAUUAAGUACAAUUGAUAUUUCAUAUUAAUAUUUAAAAUCUAAUUCCACAUCAUUGAAUCAAAAUAAACAAUAUAAUUAAACCAGUUCAAUAUUUACGGUCAAAAUAGUUUUAUAAUUUAUGGUAUCCUUUUCGGUAGUUCUGAUAAUUUUUAGAUUUAUUAGAUUUAAAUUAGGAAUAUCAGUGUGAGGUUGUGGAGCUGGAGAGAAAAUUAA